AUGGGUCGCUCUACUUUAUGCUAUGAAAAGGAAGGGUUGAAAAGAGGUCCCUGGACCACCGAAGAAGACCAAAAGCUGACCGCUUAUAUUCAACAGCAUGGCCAUGGCAGCUGGAGUUCCUUGCCGGAGAAAGCAGGUUUGAAGAGAUGCGGGAAGAGUUGUAGAUUGAGAUGGAUAAACUAUUUACGACCUGAUAUCAAGAGAGGAAAGUUCAGUUUACGUGAAGAACAAACCAUUAUCCAGCUCCAUGCUUUUCUUGGCAACAGAUGGUCGGCUAUAGCGGUUCAUUUGCCCAAGAGGACUGAUAACGAGAUCAAGAAUCAUUGGAAUACUCAUCUGAAGAAGAGGCUAAUCAAGAUGGGGAUCGAUCCCAUGACCCACAAGCCCCGAAUCGAUGCACUUGGCUCGUCUGGCCACGAAUGUCGCGACUCAAAUCUAAACCAUAUGGGUCAGUGGGAAAGAGCUCGCCUCGAAGCAGAAGCGAGGGCAGCGGGCCGCAAUUCGUCGAACAAGCAAGCCUUCCCAGUCCAAAUCCAACCGAAGAUCCACCCGGGGACUGAUCCUUUACCUCUAAAUCCGAGACCGAAGUGCAUCGAUGUGCUCAAAGCAUGGCAAGCUAUAGUUACCGGCAUGUUUAACUUCCCUACGUCGAUAUCGAACUCCCCUAAUGCUUCGGUUCAAGUUCCGGCAUUCGAAACUGCUGCAUACCCCAAUGCAGACAAUCGUUUAUACACAUGCAAUGAAUUGGUUUACAUGGGUCAGAUGCAAGAACUAGAAGACUGGAUGGAUGAGCCUACGUCCUCGAUGACGGCGUUAACGCAAUACGCAACGGAGAACGCAUGGUUCGUCGAUAGUGUAGUGGCGGCUGCGGAUUUUAACGAGGGUUCAUCUGAACCGGAUACUUUGAUAGGUAUUCCAGUUUCAUUUUCAUGCAUGGAAGUUGAGGCAUCAAAUGGAAGCUGCCCAAUAGCCGAUAUGUUUGAGUAA